ACCAGCCAAAGAGACUCGAUUGCCUUUCAUAAGCACUUCAUCACAUUCUACUUCCUUUCACACACACGCACACACACACACUCAACAUGGCUCCUACCGAUUACCACUUCCACGGCACUCCUGUCACUCACCUCACGCAACACAAGGCAGACCAUGGCGACGUUGCUAACGAUGUCCCUCCAAGAUUCGAGCUCUUUCUCCUCGGCGAUGGCGAGAAGAAAGUAACCUGGGCUCCCGAGACCCGUGUUCCUGACGCCGCUGUCUUCACCUUCAACAAGGAAGACCACACCCUGGGUAACCUGCUCCGCGCCAAACUCGCAAAAUCGCCCAACAUCUUGUUCUCGGCCUACAAAGUCCCUCACCCUCUGUUCGCAACCUUUGAGUUGCGUGUGCAGACCGACGGAAGUUUGACACCCAAGGAUGCCGUCAUUCGCGCUUGUGGAGACUUGAUUCAGGAGCUGCAGCGUCUUGAUCAGGAGUUCACCAAGGAGUGGGAACUUAAGAAGAUCGCUGGUCAGGGUCGUGAUGGUCUUUAAGCGACUUGAGCGACUUUCUGAAAGAGAAGGAAAGGUUGGCUUCACACAAGGACAGAAAUACUGGCUUUACAAGAGUGGAGAUGAAUCACAAGAUAAGGAAAGCGCUGUGAUGCGCUUAGCAUGAAGGACGGAGUUCAGGCGUUGCGCGAAAAAAGGACGGAGGGAGAAACAUCAGAC